AUGGCUGAAUUGCAAGAUAAAACAUUCACGCUGAAUACAGGCGCAAAAAUUCCUGCAAUUGGAUUUGGGACAUGGAAAGCCGGUCCGGGUGAAGCAGCAGCAGCCGUUGAAGCUACAUUCAAAGCUGGCUACAGACACUUUGAUUGUGCUCCACUCUAUGGAAACGAAGCCGAGAUUGGACAAAUCUUCAAAACCAUUGAUGUCCCCAGAGAAGAUUAUUUCGUGACUACAAAGCUUUGGUCCUCCGAUCACCGUCGAAUCUCUUCAGCUCUCCAAAAGUCCUUGGAUGACCUCAACCUAGACUAUGUAGAUCUCUACUUGAUGCACUGGCCCGUCACCCUCCCUAGCACAUCCCCAGAGUCUUAUGGAAAGGAGGACCGAACGGCACAUGACCCAGAGUGGGAUUUCACCGACACAUGGCGCGAGAUGGAGAAACUCUUGGACAUAGGAAAAGUACGAGCAAUUGGCGUGGCAAACUUUUCAACUGUGAAUCUCGAAAAAUUACUCCAAAGCUGCAAGAUUGUGCCGGCUGUCAAUCAGACCGAGAUUCAGCCCUUGUUGCCCCAGAAGAAAUUGAAUGCACUUUGCACAGAGCGAGGGGUACACCAGACUGCAUUUGGGCCUCUUGGUGGAAGUGGAAGUACCUUACAUGAAGACCCCAGCGUGAAUGAGAUUGCGGAGAGGAGAGGAUGCAGUUCUGGAAAUGUGUUGCUGAGCUGGGGAGUGAAGAAGGGAUGGAGUGUGAUCCCAAAGAGCGUGAAUCCCGUACGGAUUGCAGAGAAUUUACAAAAGUGUUUUGACAUGAGUGAGGAGGAAAUUGCGCAAAUUGAUAGACUGGUGGAAACUCUGGGUGGGAAGCGGUUCAAUCGGCCUAAUUGGGGAACUGUUAUCUUUCACGACGACGAGGCUGAAAUUGUGAACUAG